UAACACAACGACAUGGCGGGCCCCGAUCUCAGCCAAAUCUCGAGCAACUGGAAGAUCCUACAGGAAAGACUGAAAGCCGGCAAAAGACAAGACCAAAAAGUCGCAUCGAUCAAAGCAGCAACAAAUGGCGCCGGCAUAAAACGAAAGAGACCUUCGACAACAGACACCAAACCUCCUUCCGCGAUCAAAAAGUCCCGCUUCACAAUCUCCGACGCCAACACCACCUCCCUCCCCCGCAAGAAACGCCCCUCCUCCACCUCUAAAAUGGGCGCCCUCACCUCCACCCCAACAUCAACCACAACCGCCCAAAAAGCCUCCCGCCUAAUCCACGACCACGACAUCCCCGCCGCCGACAUCUCCGCCGCCUACGGCACCACAACAACCUCCCUCACCCAACCCACCGACCAAAUCAACAUCGGCCACCACCCGACCCACGUCCCCGGAAAAUUCCUCGCCCUCGACUGCGAAAUGGUCGGAACCGGUCCCCCGCCCCACGUCGACAACCUCCUCGCCCGAGCUUCCCUCGUCAACUUCCACGGCCAACAAGUCUACGACUCCUACGUCCUCCCCCCAGCGGGGAUGAAAGUCCAAGACUACCGCACCCACGUCUCGGGUAUACAACCGCACCACAUGCGAGCCCCCUUCGCGCGGCCGUUUGAGGUGGUGCAGAGGGACAUAGCGGACUUGUUAGAGGGGAAAGUGCUGGUUGGACACGCGGUGCGGAAUGACUUGAAUGUGUUGAUGAUUACACAUCCGAAGAGGGAUAUACGGGAUACAUCGCGGUAUGCGAAGUAUCGAGUCGAAAGUCGAGGGAAACCGCCCGCGUUGAGAAAGUUGGCAAAGUCGGAAUUGGGACUGGUGAUACAGACGGGAGAGCAUAGUUCGAUUGAAGACGCGAGGGCUACGAUGGCGUUGUUUCGGAAAGAGAAGGUGGGGUUUGAGGUGGAGAAUCGGAAGGUUUUUGGGCAGCCGCGGAAAGUGGGGAAGGGAGGGAAGGCGAGGGAGGAGAGUGUGGAGGAUGAGAGUGAGGAGGAGGAUGAUGUGGUGGAGAGCGAUGGGGACUUGGAUCUGAUUGAUGGGGAGGAGGACGAUGAGUUUGCGGACGAGCUGCCGGUUACGGAGAGGGUUGGUGCUGGAGGUGGAGCAGGGGGUGGGACGAAGAAGAAGAAGAAAAAGAAGAGGACGAAGAGGAAGUAG